GUUUGCUUUAGGUGGUCGCGAACGUCGGACGCGUGUGGUUAAAGCGUGAAGAUCGCGAGCGCGCGAGUUUUAGUGAGAGUUGACAUCAACGCGAAAGAGGUCGUGUGUGGUGGUGUAUAUGUCGACAAGGUUGGAAUUUAGUGUCAUGUGAUCUUACGCCGUCCAACAACAUGUGAGAAUCCAAGCAGGCGACGUGACAACGAUCUAAUCGCGUUUAGUGGUGGAAAAGUGAUGAAGGUUGGGGGAUCCGAGGUGGCAAAGAAAAAUUGAAUUGUGAGUGUAGAUCGUCGGAAAAGAGAAAUUUGAUUUGGUACUUCGAGGACGGCUGAGAAAAGAGUAAACCGAAUUGAAGAGUGCUCCACGCGAUGCAGGCGGGGAUGAUGGGGGACUCGAAGAACUACGGUUGCGUUUGCCCGCCAUGGCAGCUCAGCGGAUUGAAAACGACAUCGUUGCUAAUUGGGAUGAUAUUUUUCUUGGGCUCCAUCAACAAGGUCACAUCUCAGGAUGCAGAAUUUGCUCCGCACGUAACGGCCACGUGCAAAUCGGGCUCGAUGAACAUUCGAAUCCAGUUCACCGCCCCCUACAAUGGCGUGGUCCAUGCGAGGGACUACCGAACACCAGCUUGCAUGACGUUCGGAAAUGGGUCGGCCGUGGUCGGACUGAGCCUUAAUCUGCUGGCCAAGCAAGGCAACAACGAGUACUGUGGUAUUCUAGUCAGCAACGUGAGUGGCGGUGAGCGUUCCGAAGAGCGGUCUGUACAACUGGCCGUACGAGUUCACAAAACGCUGGAACUAGCAGACGAUAAAUUCUACGUUAUCACAUGUGGCAAAACAGGAUUUGCGAGAGAUGACAACUCUCCUGUGGCGCUCAAGUUCUUCGAAAAUGAACGACGGGUACAGGAAACGGUGUACGGGCGACGAUAUACGGUCAAAGCGGAGGUGACGCAUCCAAAUGGAACCCAUGGCAUCCGAGUGAGAAAUUGCUUCGCCUUCAAUAAGAAAAAUAAAACGAUCGUUCUUAUCGAUGACCGAGGGUGCCCAGUUAUGAACAGUGGAAAAUAUAUCAUGACACGUUUCCGUACCGCAUCGAAUGGAACAACUGCGACUGCCACUUUGAAUUCCAUGUUCCGAUUUCCUGAAGGUUCCGAAGUGCACUUCCAGUGUGACGUUGAUCAAUGUAAUGGCCUUUGCCCAGAUAUUGAUGAAACGAUGUGCGCACAGGACCCAAGUGCAAACUCAAAAUCUGGUCGAGCGCUAGGACAAACGGACGAAGGCAUGCUAUUGGCUGCAACAACUGUAUUCGUACUGGAUCCAAUUGAUGCUAAGCCUCUGGGACCGUUGUGCGAAGAUACUGGUGUAAGGCCACAUUGGUUGCUGUGGUUAACCAUUGCAUUGGCAGUUUUAUUCCUGAUCAUGCUACUGAUGAACAUUUUCCUAUGCACAGCUAUGAGCUGCAGCUGCGCAAGGACUGAGAUCAUUGAGAAAGAGCCCUCGAUAAUUGAAGAAUAUGACCCUUACCGAAGCUGGCAUGGUUCACAGUACGGAUCACGGUAUUCGCUACAUGGUCGUGACGGAGGCCAUAACAAAGGCUACACGAGUGGGGGUAGCACGAUACACUCGAAUCGAUCCCUCCCCAUCGACUCCGACCAUUAUGCGAUAGUGCACAGUCGUCCGGGAUCGAGGCACUCCGGUCUGCAUGGUCACCGGCCUCGAGGACCCCCAAGCAAUAUGUAAAAUAGGUACCGAAGUUGUUACUAUUCUUCCCGAGCACUGCCAUCCGAUCGAGGCAAAAAACUUUUCAACUAGACCCUGCACGGUUUGUUUCUCGUAACACACCCACAGCUCACAAAUUACCAAGUGCACAUAUCUUUUCUGACAAUCUCUUAAAAAUUUAUCUCCAAAGCAUAGCUUACGGAAGAUGUAAAUAAUUGGACAAUGUGAAAUUAUCACGCGACUUUUAUAAUCAGAUACUCUAGACAAAACUCGAAACUUAUUUUAACACGUAGUUAAAAACAGUUAAGGAACUAAAGAUUUCAAAUGUUAUUUAAUCUUGCGGGGGUCAAGUAAAUCAAUAAGCGAACAAAAAAUAAGAAACAGUCACCACUGAAUUUUUCAAAUAAGUUUUAAUAGCGUUCAACUGAUUUCUGACAACUAAGCAGUGGAAUAAAAACUUAACGUUUAUGCAGGGUCGAAUUUAGAGGAAGUAACGAGGGUUAGAACCCUUAGUAUCAACCUCCUUAUAGCGAUAUACAGACGAAUUUGAGUAGCUCGCGAGAAAAAGGUUAGAAUUCUCCAUUGUUUAUGAAACAUAUGUGAGCUCACAUAUUAUCGCUUUUCAAAUCGAUGUAGUCUAAUUUCGACUCUGCGUUCAUGUAAUAUUGUAAGUACUUAAUAUUAAAAACAUAAAUACUGUAAAAUAAUAAAUAAAAACUAAUAAAAUAAAA